UUUAGUCAUUCAAUUUUAUUCCAAAUGUAUUCAAAUUUUAUACAUUGACAGUAAAAAUUGGGUUUUUCUGUGAUAUUUCCAGCCGAGGCUAAAAUGUGCUGAGACUUUUCUAGGUGACCUAUUUAGAGUUUUGACAUCCAGCUUCUUGUUGAAUUGGAAGGUUUGCAAAAAAUACUGAAAAUCUACAUAGUUGAACGUUCGCAGUCAGAUUAAGUUCACCGAGAAAGGUUAUGACGUAUUUUCAAAUUUCAUACCCAAGCGGAAUAUGCCUUCCUUCUUUUUUUGAGUCGUAUAUAUGUGUACAUAACCACUAUGAUCAUCACAUGCAAAGCCAAACAGUUGCACUUUUUUAGGUGGCAACAUUAAUUCCAUGUGCUGUGUAGAUAUAGAAGCCAACUAAAGUACAUGAACAUAAAAAAAGUUAAAUUGUCAUCUUUGUUUUGACUUUUGAUGUUUAAAUGCGAGUGCUAAGGGGUCCGACACGAAAUGUACUUAAAUCAUUUUUGGUCUACAAUAACUUGAAUGUUAAUUUUUUUUAGACAUUCCCGUGUUUAUCUGCUCGCUCAAGCUGUAAAAAGGGUGGUUUUUUUUGGACAGAAUAAACUCAGGUGUCACAGAUGCAGUCGACUUGUCGCAUUAUCUCCCCCACCCCUCCCCUCCCUCAGUCAGCCAGAUAGCGCAACUGGGAACAGGUUGCCGUUUUCCCACUUCCAUGGCCGCCGAGUCGUACAAGCAACUGCUGCUGGAGCCUAUUUCCUGGUCUGUUUAUUCUUUAAAAUUCUUGAGCUCAACAUUGUCGUGAUUACUUUGUCUCGUCUCAGUUCGGACUCGGAGAGCAGCGAAGACUUGGAGUGGUCCUGCUGCGACGGGGAUGAGUUGGACUCGGCUGAGAGGGCCGAGAGACGUCGGGCCGGGAAAAGACUCAUGGUCGCCUUGGUCAUCAGCCUGGUUUUCAUGGUCGCGGAGGUGCUUGGUGGGUACGCCUCGCACAGUCUGGCCAUCAUGACAGAUGCGGCACAUCUCCUGAGUGACGUCGGCAGCAUCUCGCUGAGCAUCUUCUCUCUGUGGAUCUCGGGACGCACGCCCACUCGCACCUUCACUUUUGGAUGGCGUCGAGCCGAGAUUGUGGGCAUGCUUGUAUCUCUGUCGUCCAUCUGGGCGGUGACGGCUGUGUUGGUGUGGUCGGCCGCUAGGAGGAUCUCCGACGGCGACUACGACAUCGACACUGACAUCAUGCUGCUGACUUCGGGCUGCGGCGUGGCCACGCUUCUCCCCAAUCUCACGCUUUCUCCUGUCUUUAGCAUGGUGCUCAUCCUGCAGCAGUCGGGUGUCUCUCACACCCACAACCACGCCUUGCCCAACGGGUGGCCGCAAAAGGACGAGGCACGGCGGGAUCGCGGCCAUCGUCACGGAAACGCCAGCGUGAAGGCCGCUUGCGUCCAUGCGGUGGGAGACCUGAUCCAGAGCGUCGGCGUACUGCUGGCGGCCGCCGUCAUCCACUUCUGGCCAGAGUGUAAGGUGGCCGACCCUGUCUGCACACUGCUCUUCUCCCUUGUGGUCAUGUGGACUACAUUUCCCACCGCCAGGGAUGUUUUCAGAGUGCUGAUGGAUGGCGCUCCGCCCGGCAUCAGUGUGGCCUCCGUGCACGACGCCUUGCUGGCCGUGCGAGGCGUGUCGUCGCUUCAUCGCCUUCACGUGUGGAGUCUGGACAUGACGCACGCUUUGCUGUGCGUGCACAUCACCGCAGAGGACGGUGCCGAUCCACAUGUCAUACUCAAGAGGGCCACAAAGCUCCUGAGCUCCGAUUUUUGCUUCACCUCCAUUACGAUCCAAGUGGAACCUUACACAACAUUGCAGGUGGACAUUUUUUAAUCGUGUACUACCUGUUAUUUUUUUCUGAUUACUUUGUCGAAAAAAUAUUUUUGGCACAUUUAUUUGACCAAUCAAUCAAACGGAAAGAAUCAGACAUUUUAUUCAUGUUAAGUACUGAUGUAUUGGGACACCGUUUGCAAAAAUAGGCUGUAAAUAUGUGCAGUCAUU